CGACAAUAAAAGCUCCUCCGAGGCGACGGCUUCACCUCCUCGCACCAUGUCUCCUCUACAGCUGCUCGCCAUGCUCCUCAUCGCCACGACGACACCUGAGCCCAGAGAGAGGAGGAGGAGGGAGGAGGAGGAGGAGGAGGAAGAGGAAGAAGAGGAGAGGAGGAAGUACGACCUGGUGUUCAGGAGGGGAGACCUGCUGGAGGUGUCCAGGACUCUGUUCACACACUUUGGGAUUUACCUGGGAGGAGACAGAGUAGCUCAUUUCAUCCCGGACAUCAUGCCGGUCGUCAGCGGCGACCAGCGUCGUGUCAGACAGAUGGUGACCAACAGCAGACUCCUGCUCGGCGUCCUGGCGAAGUGUGGCAGCGUGAGGGUGGACUCAGUCGACGACUUUGCUUACGGAUCAAAGAUUCUCACCAACACCACGGACCAGGUGUGCAGCCGCCCGGCGCUGAGGGGGGAGGACGUGGCCCGGCGGGCCGAGAGGCUGCGAGGCGACGUCUCCUACAGUCUGUUGUGGUACAACUGUGAGCACUUCGUCAUGUACUGUCGCUACGGAACAGUCACCAGCUUCCAGACGUUUCAGUUCUGUAAGACGGCGAGGAAGCUGUUGCUGAGCCGGCGUGUUGCCAAGGCGACGGCGUUGCUGGGGGCGUGUCUGCUCCUCUACCUCAGGGCGGUGACCACCUGCUCCGCCCUGCUGGCCGCCCUGCUGCCCUUCCUCAUCUGGAUGGCCUCGUGAAAUAUAAAAAGUAAAUUCAUGACCCGAGUCUAAUUAAUAAAGAUUGUAUUUUUCAGAAAGGUGAA